AUGCCUACAGAUUUUAACUUUUGCAUCACCUUUAUUGCUUUGCUAUGGCUAGUAUACCGAUUGUUUAAAUUUUGGACAAUACCCAUAUCAAGAAUACUUUCUAAUUUAAACGAUGUAGAAAUUCCCCAUGCCACUAAAAUUGCAUUGGACCUUAUAACAAAAGAUAGUAUUUUAAUUAGAUGGGAGAAUGAACCGUUUGAUAUCAUAUCACAUUAUAUACUGUACGUAAACAAUGUUAAGAUUGGCGAAUUUUUAAAUCUUUCGCAAAGUUUAUACACUAGUUGUUCGUUGAAAAAUUUGAACAAAAACAUGCAUUAUAAAAUUGAUUUGGUAAGUGUUAACAAACAGGGCUUUAGGAACCAGCCCUUAUCUUUGAUUAUAAGCCUAGGAGAUAAGCCUAAGAGCUCAUCUAUGUUUCACUGGACACUUCAACCCAAUGGUGAUUUCUCCAACACAAAGGGAUAUAGCGAACUCACAUCUCUGGAAAAAUUAAGCUCUUUUUCCAUUGACGAAUUGAAAAAAAUCUUAACUGCCAGCCAGGACGAUUUGCACAAGGUUUUACAAAAUAAAACAGACUUAUUGAAGAACUUUAAACUUGAAGAACAGGAGUUUCUAUUAAAAAUCAGCGAACAAAAAGUGGAAUAUAACAAGGAGCAAGAAAACAAAAAACAAAUAAAGUUGCGAAUCAAAAAUUUGGAAAGCGAAAAGUUGAAAUUAGAUUUACAAAUGGAAAAAUUAACGAGUAAAACCCAAAAACUGGACAACAGCACGACAACACUCAAGGGGAAGAUUGCAUCGUUGGACAAAAUACUAGAUGAAUGUCCCCAAAUCGAAGAGCAACUGGCAGUUGAUCACAAGUCUCACAAGGAUGCGAUCGAAAAGGAGAUUAUUGAAUUGGAUCUCCACAUUCAGGACUUGGAAUCCAGCGUUGCCGAGUUACAUAAUGAGAAUAAAAAUAUAGAAAGUACAAAUGAUGAUGAGGAAGACUUUGAUGUUAUAGGUUUUUGCAAAGAGUACUAUAGAAACGGUGAAAUUAUUGAACCGGGAUUGCAGAUUUUGAAAAACAAAAAAUUUGCGGUGUACGACAAAAUUGUUUAUGAGAAUAAUAGUAAUUUACAAACAGCACAACAAUGGAACAAUCAACUGAAGGAAUUAAAUGUAGAGCUGCAAAAGCUAGAAAACGAUUGGCAGAUAGUUGACGCAACAAACAGAAAAUUAAGAGAGAGUUUAAUGGCUCAACCGUACAACAGUGGGUAUAGCAAUCAUUUUUGGGAAGAGGGAUCACCAGAUCCACAAUCCCAGGCACCACCAGAAGAAGAAGAAAUUAGCCAUUUAAUUAGCGGUGUUAACAAUAUUAUUGCGGAUAAUACUAUCAAUUUGGACACAGAUAAGUUUACCACGGACCAGUUGGAUAACUAUUGGAAUUCCAAUGCCCGACUAAAACUGACAAAUAAGACGUCAAUGACUAGUUUAUCUUCAGCAUUUUCUGCGGAAAAAAACAGCAACGGCAACAUUCCUUCGAACAGUUUAUUGUCUAUCCUGAAUCCGACGCAGCAAGAAGCUCCCCAUUACUGGUUACCGAGAGAGAGCCUACCGCAGCCAACUUCUCCUCCUGGAUCACCAUUACCAAGAGAUUCGCCAUUAUUGGCACCUCAAAAUAAUAUAUGGUCUUUUAAAGAGGAAUCACCUAUGUAG